GAACAUUGUUUUUUACAUUGAAUUUCGACAAGUUCAGGGCUACUUGUCGACAGGGGCCGGGGCGUGGUGCCCCCUAUAAAUAUUAACGCGAUUUUUGGAUAGGCAGUCAUUUGCAUUUUGUCAUCACAGCAAAAACAAUAACAACAUACAAUAUGUUUGUAAAACUGGCCGUCUUCGUAUGUUUCGCAGGCACUGCCCUCGCCCAAUACCAAGGUCCCUUGGCUGGAGGACAGCCCGCUUCCCUAUUCCCCGCAGGAGUGUCACCCCAAUCUUGCCCCAACUACCCUGACUGCUCCAAUCCCUUGGUUGCCAUCAGCCAAAAUGGCCCUGCUCCUCCUCAAUACUCUCAACAAUCUCAACAAUACCAACAGCCCCAGUACCAACCACAGCCCCAGUACCAACAGCAAUACCAACCAGCUGCUCCAGUAACCCCAGCCCCAGUAAGCCAAUACAACCCCGUCUACCCACAACAGUACGCCCCAACAUCUGCUCAACGCCAAUACGCUCCUGAAGUACAGCAAAGGUUAGACCGCGGAGAAUACAUUGGAGAUGGUGACUACCAUGGCGAAGGUUUGGCUGAAGCUUUGGCUCCUGGAUUUGCUGGUCAACAACAAGCUGCUGCUCCCCAAUACCAACAACAGGCUCGUGCUUACCAACCCCAGCAACAAUUCAAUGCUGCUCCCUCUUACUCCGCUGCGUCCCCCCAUGCCCAACCUGCCCAGAUCCCCGCUGGUGUCAACGCUCAGGCUUGCCCCAACUAUCCCUUCUGCCACGCAUAAGUUUUAAAUAAAUUUAAGAUAAGACUUAGACUGCCAGCUGACAACAUGUUGUUAUCCAAAGUUCCCCACUUUUGUAUAUAAUAUAUGUGUGUAUUAUAAUUUUGUGUGAUUUUUAGUUGUAUAUUUAGGAGAUUCUUUAUACAAGAAAAAUACCGGCUUAAAUAUAAUAAUAAUUUUUGAUA